AUGCAACUCCAAAGGUGGAGACGGUGAUCGUUGUCUCCCUUGGUAGGCGAAUCGGGCUGUUAGGGUUGUAAGAGUUCGAGAAAUGGCACUCGCGAAGGCCAGGGAGAUCGUUUCAUCCGCUCCCGUCGUCGUCUUCAGCAAGACGAAUUGUAGACGCUCCAAAUGGGUAAAGGAGUUGCUCACACAAUUAGGGGCAGGUUUUAGAGUAGUUGAAUUGGAUCUUGAAAGUGAUGGCUCUGAUGUUCAAUCAGCAGUAACAGAAUGGACUGGCCAAAGAAAACUGCCUAUUAUCUUUAUUGGUGAAGGUCACAUUGGUAUUUGUGAAAGUGCAAAAAACUAUUCCACAAGAAUAUUACAGGCUCUUGAAGAUGCAUCUAUAAUCAGAGUUGGCCAGAAUACUGAUAUCGUUGAGAAAUUUCAGCUAUCUUUUCCUCCUGAUGUUGACACAGUACAACUGAGGAAUAAGUUGCCUAGUGAAAGGAAUUACUCUAUGUCCUCUGAACCAGUGAAUGAUACUGAAGACCAAGAAGCUAGCGAUGAUGAUGAUGAUCGCAACCAUAAACAUCGAAGGAGGGAUGCACAAUCUAUUUCUUUUGAUGAUGAUGUUCAAGAACUACCUAUGCAGCGGAUGAAUAGGAGAAGAAGCAAAUUUCUUGACAAUCGAAAAAACUUUCACGACAGUGGAAACAAUGGUAAUAUGGAGAGUUCUUCAAACUUUGAUAAGGGACGUUCUGGCUUCACACCACUAACUCUGGAUCCUUAUCACUUUGAUCCACGGGGUAGAAUAAAUCCAACAUCUCAGAAUGACACUUUUUGCACUGCACCCAAAAUACGCCCCAUGGUAGGAAGAGGAAGAGGAAGAGGUAGAGGAAGAGGAAGGAACAUUAUUUCCUGGAACCAACAGGAUUCUAGAUUUAAUCCUCUGGACACACUGGAUUUUCCAUCACAGGUUGUUUCACAAGGUCUACAUACACAUGUUAGUCUGUUUGGGACAGGUAUACCAAAUGCUGCAAGUGCACAAAAUUCAUCUUGGGGUGCAUAUGGCUUUGUUAAUGAAAUGAGCAAUAGAAUUUUGGAUCCACUCCAACCACUUGGUUUGCAAGGUGCUCUUCAGCCUACGAUCACCCCAUUAUUUAAUCUGGGAAUGCCUCAUCAACGUUGCAGAGACUUUGACGAGCAGGGAUAUUGUUUAAGAGGGGAUAUGUGCCCAAUGGAACAUGGCGUGCAUCGGAUUGUUGUUGAAGAUGUGCAGAGUCUUUCUCAGUUCAAUCUUUCAGUUUCAGAUCGAAAUUCACAUGUUCCAGGAAUUCAAGCUGGUAAGAGACCAUUGCCUUCUGCCAAUGCACCUUCUGCCCCAUUGACUAGCAGCAGCAAAUUUGUCCCUGCAAAAGAUGGGAAACCCCUCUUGCCUGAGGAUUCACUAAAGCUGAAUGUGGUUUCAUCCUCUUCUGGUUUGGUUGAAGCUGAUGUAUAUGAUCCUGAUCAGCCAUUGUGGAACAAUGGGUGUCAAGGAACAUCUGAGCCUACCUUAAUGCUUUCUUUAGAAAACAAUGAUGAACCUGUAUGGAAUGUAGAUUCUUCUUUUCAAUCAUCUGUCCAGGACCAGAUUGGCCAUAGUAGCAGGUCAGAGAUGGGUAUAAUAUCUAUUAACAAUGCACUUCCUACAAAUCUCCUUUCAAAUGAAAUGAAGGUUGAUAAGGAGAACUCUAUAGUCAAAGCUUCUGCUACUGUUCCUGAAAAACAAUUUACCACAGAGAAGAGUCAAAAACCGACAACAAAUCACCAUAAUUCUACAAGUAACAGUGGUAGGAUGUCUCAAAAAGCUUCACGUACUCUCUAUGUGCAUGGUAUUCCUCAAAAGGACAACACAAGGGAUGCCCUUCUUUCCCACUUUCAGAAGUUUGGUGAUGUUGUUGAUAUUUACAUUCCACAAAAUAGUGAAAAAGCUUUUGUUCAAUUUUCAAAAAGGGAGGAGGCUGAAGCUGCACUUAAAGCGCCUGAUGCUGUGAUGGGUAAUCGGUUUAUAAAACUCUGGUGGGCGAACCGUGAUAGAGCUUUAAAGGGGCCGAAAAAUUUUCUCCCCAAAGUGUUACCAUCUUUUGUAGGGCUGACCGCCCGCUGUCCAUCUCGUCCACUUGCUACUGGGAAUGAAAAAGGGGAUACGUCUUCUCCACUUCCACAUGAAAGUAAAUUGGCUGCUCCUGAGAUUUUAAUGUCAAUCCCUGUUCCAAAAAGUUCUGCAAACACUUUAAAGAUAAAUUCUCCUGGAAAGAAAAAGCUUGAUGGUUUGGAGUCUUUGAAAGAGGAACUUCGCAAAAAGCAGGAGAAUUUAGCCUUAAAAAGAGAGGAGUUUCGUCGCCAAUUAGAAAAAUUUGAGAAACAAGCUGUUUUAGUCAAAAAGGGUGAAGUGACCUUAGAACCUGCACCUAAAAGACUUAAACCGAAUUUGAGCAAUGAAGGUGAACAAACUGAACCAUCCAGAGUGCCAAAUAUUACAGAAGGUGCACAGAAACACAUUCAUAAUACUCAAGAAAUCAGAAAAUUAGUGGACGCUACUGUUUCAUGUACUGCAAAAUCAAAUUCUACAGUCAUGGGCAAUUCCAGCACAGAACAAAUAAGUCAUCAACAUUUGUCUAAGACUUCGUUCAGAGUUCUUCCUCCUCUUCCGGCUGGUCUUACAAAUGUUGCUGAUCUGAGGGAUCAUUUUGCAGUAUUUGGUGAUCUCUCUUCUAUAGCAUUAGAAGAACCUGAGGAAAGAAAAGAGAAUGUAGGCAUGAUGACGCCUGAAACUUUUUGUGCUCGUGUAAUUUUUUCCUCCUGUGAUUCUGCUGAGAGAGCUUACACAAUUGGUAAAUUUUGGCAAGGCCAUAAUUUGCAUUUUAUGUGGCUAAAUGAUCCCAGUAGCUCAAAAAAUUGCAGCACCCAAGAAGUAUUAGAACCGCCUGGAUCUUCAAUUGUGACUGUUGAAGUUAACCCCAGAACAUCUGCAACUCCACAAAUCCAAAGAAAUUCGGAAGAUAUUGCCCUGGCUGAGUUAAUGGCUCCUUUGGAUGAGAAGCCUUCUUCAUCUGUGGACAAUGGGCAUUCCCAUUUUGAGGAUGGGUCAGAGACUCCUUUAAUGUCGACCCAUUCUAAUUACAGUAUAAGUGAGGGGAGACAAACUAUGCCUGAUGUCCAAGUUGUGGAAGACAAAAUGGAUACUGGUUUUGCACAGUAAGCUGUUUCAGGAAUUUCUUGUGUGGAUCAGUGGAUGUUUCCACAUACAAAAUAGCCAUGCUACCAAGUCUGGUAAGAUGGAUUAUGUGCCACUCGUUCAUGCUUUAAUGCUGGGGGGAAAAGAAUAUCCACCAGCAGCCUGAUCGUGUUAGUUUGGAACAAAUUCAGCUCAGAAAACACUCGAGAAAUUAACGAGAAAAUAGCUGGUAGCCAUCUGUAACUUCUCAACUCUUUUAUAUUGCUUGUACGUUCUUGUUAAUGCAAAUAUUACUAAAAUCUUUGUUAUUUUGGUGAUUGACUGCUAAAUUAGGAUGCUCAGUGAGCUAAUGCACAGGCUAUUGUUAUAAUUAAAGAGAUAAUCAUUGUUUUUCCUUCAA